AUGACCAAGUACGACGCGCUGUUUAUGGGCGUCGCCCGCGAGGAAGGCAGCAUCGCGGGGGUGCUGACCGCAUUCUUCGACUUUCUCCACCGCAACACGGACUUCUACGUGGUGUCGGACAACCCACAACGAAAAAUGGGAUUUGCCCCGGGUCAAGCCGAGGCUUUGCUCCUGCAGUCGUUCCAUCAAUUCCCGACCAAGCCGCUGGAAGGACGUGUUUCCGACGCUCCAACGCACACCUCCCCUGCCGCGACGGGAUCUGCACCAACUCCAGCAGUCUCCUUCACGACGACAACCCAACCGCCGAAAGCAGCGCAAAUUGCGAUGACUCCGGAAGGAAAGCAAAUUCCCGUGGGAAACGGCGGAUCGACGGCAACGUAUACGUGGACGCAGAGUCUUCGCGACGUCACGGUAUAUCUGGACGUUCCAGUUGGGACAAAGUCCAAGGACGUGGCAGUCACGUUUACCCACACGACAGUCUCCGCUGGGUUGAGAGGACAGACCCCACUAUUGCACGGAACAUUCCCCUACAAGAUUAAGCUCGAGGACACAGUGUGGUCGUUGGAUUCGUCGCGGGUGCUUUUACUUUCGAUCGAAAAGACCACGGAAACGUGGUGGAAGUCUGUCGUCCAGGUUUGCGCGAGCAUCUUCCAGCACACCCGUUCGAAUCUCAUGCGCGUAUUCGUCAAGGGCGACGCCGAGAUCGACACGUCGCAAGUUGACUCAACGCAGCGCAUCGACGAGUACGACCCGGAGACGCAAGGAGCCAUACGCAAGAUCAUGCACGAGCAGCGCCACGGAGGCCGCAUCACUUCCGGCGAGAACCAGCCCACCAUGAGCUUCCCGACCUCCCUCGACAUGGAAUAA